GCUCCUCCUUUGCAGCCAAUGGCACUAGGCGAGGUGGCUGCAUGUGGUGGCGCGGACCCAGCGCCCGGGCUGGGAGGAGAGGAGGAGGCAGCAGGAGCUGCUCGCCGCUCGCUCCCGUCUCCCGCUCCCCGGGAGCUCCUGCCAGCGGGCGCCAGCCGCACGCUGCCCGCCCCCAGCGCCCCUCGCCCCGCCGGUACCCGCAGCAUGGACUCGGACUCCGGAGAGCUGAGCGAAGGCGAGCUGGUCUCACCCGCAGGUCCCGAUUGUUUCAGUUCCAAGAAUCUUGCACUGCAAGCCCAGAAAAAGAUCCUGAGUAAAAUGGCAACCAAAACCAUGGCUAACAUGCUAAUUGAUGAUACAAGCAGUGAAAUCUUCGACGAGCUGUACAAGGUAACAAAGGAACACACAAGAAACAAAAAAGAAGCCCAUAAAAUUAUGAAAGACCUGAUUAAAGUGGCAAUAAAGAUCGGGAUCCUCUAUCGAAAUAACCAGUUCAACCAAGAUGAGCUAGAAAUCGUAGACAAGUUCAGGAAGAAGCUGAACCAAACUGCCAUGACGAUUGUCAGUUUCUAUGAGGUAGAAUACACUUUUGACAGAAAUGUUCUUGCAGAACUUCUGAAUGAAUGUAAAGACCUUGUGCACGAACUAGUAGAUCGACACCUGACACCGAGAUCCCACGGGCGCAUCAACCACGUCUUCAAUCACUUUGCAGAUGUGGAAUUUCUAACUGCCCUGUACAGUCUUGAUGGGGAUUGUCGGCCGUACCUCAAAAAGAUCUGUGACGGCAUCAACAAACUGCUGGAUGAGAAGGUCCUUUGAAACUACACUCAGAAACAAGAAACCAACCAAAAACUUCUCUCUAGAACUGGCCACCCUUCAUGAGCCAUGGUGAGCAAGCGAGCGUCCUUCCCACCAGUCUCUUACUACAGUCUCAAGCAGGGGCCAGGAUGUGCUCACCAGGCUCAUGAUGAAAUGGAAAACUUAAAUCAGAAAGCUAUCAAUUUUCACGUUUUGUUCAGAUAAUUCAGUCUUUUCCAAGGAGCAGAGUUAACAAGGCUGAUGGUAUCUAUCGUUCAGAAACAGACUGCUGUACGCCAUGAUCUUACUAGCUUUGUGUUCAAGGCUGAACAUCUGAAAAGAAAGCAAACGCGUGGCUAUGUAAAAAUAGACAGGUGAAGGCAAAAGAGCAAUGCAUGGAAUUUACCCCCAGGCCCUCGGUGCGUAUGUUUUUAUUAUUUCUAUGCUAACUGAAAAAGCUUAGACAGAAAGCAGGGCUCUGAUGGAUUAAGCUCACUCCUUUCAAAAGGAUCAGGAAUCACUGUGAGAAGGCAUCUCUGAUUUUACAUGGUAUUUAAGUCUAACAGAGGAACAACAAGUAAUACAAACCUAGUAGAAGUGGGAGAAAAUGUAAAGGACUGCUCUAUGAAGCAAUAUUUUCACUAGAGAGUUUUGUUUCAUACCUGCUGUAACAGAGAGGAGGUUUCAUUUUAAUUUGGAAAAGCAGCUCAGCGGUUCAAGCUCAAAGGUAACCAGAAAACUAGACAAAGUAGUGCAUCAGCUUCCCCACUCGCAGGGUUUGUGUAUUUGGCAACAUCAGACAAAUCUAGGCUGAAGGCUGUGCUGCUCUUCGUGCCCUUACUGUUUUGCCUGACGGAACAAAACACUUGGUGAAGGUUUUGACAUUACAGUUGUGAAGAGGAGCACGACUAAGAUAGCAAGGGAGCGAGAAAGCAACAUUUACAUCCCCUAUCCUCAAAAUACUCAGCCUAGAUAAAACUCUCCGUUUAACACAUCUGUCGUUAAUUCGUGCCUAGAGGUGUGAUAAAAAAGGAACCCCAUCCACAACGCUUGUAGUGCCAUCCAAGUGAGCUAUAUCCACAGUAGCCUUAAGAGAAGAACAGUCUUAGUGACUCUGGGGAGCUUCACGAAUGAUUUUUUGUUCAGAAUGUUUUCAGUGACUUAGUUUUUCUUUUUUUAAACCAAAUAUACCCAUGUCUUAAAACUAAAAACAUUUUGCAAAGGAAUACUGGUUCCUGUACAGCUUUGUUAGGAGUAAGGGAGAAGGGGAGCAGAGCAGUUACACCAGCUUGCCACUUGCAGGAUCUUGCAGCUGGGUAGGUGUUGACUGGCCCCUGAGCGAAGGAAGCACGUUUGGAAGUCUCUCCUCUCCUUGUCCUCUACAUCUUAUCCUCCAGGCUCACCUCUCUCCACUGACACUUUAGUGUCACGUACCGUUUCCUUUUAGCCGACACAGAGAGCACACAAUCCCAUUAUCUGGAGGUAACACCCUCCAUAUCACGUAUAUUAUAAUGCAGAAAAGCACGUACUUGAAAAUUGACAGAAGGAAAUAUAUUUGAAAGCCAUUCCUCCCCAAGGAAAAUCUCCAGUGUUGACCACUCAUUACUUUAGGUUUAAAAAAAAAAAAAAAAAAAAGUACAUUUCUCAUUUAAAUGCUUAAACACUAUGGUGGCAGAGAAAACUUCACAAUUUUAUUAUUCUUUGCUCUUUCCUCACCCCAGAAUAACUAUAGUUUGACUGUCACACCUUUCUGCAUACACGUACUCAGAUGAGAGGGUUGUGCUGGAUGCAUUUGUAUCUGCUCGGAGGAGAACCCAUUUUACAACACAGUAAAAAAGGCAGCACAUUAGCAGAGCGGUUUAUAACAAAGUAAAUGUCCCCUAUGUAUUUCCCUUAACCAUAAAAAGACUAUUUAGUAGCAACGAAGGUGGACAAUUCCUUUGCAACACAGCACAGUAACGAAAUACCAGCGCUCGGGGUUGCAAGUUCAGCCAUUCGCAGAGCCAUAUUUACAUGCACCAGUAGCUGCAUUUUUUCCAAGCACGUACUUGUCAGUUGAUGCUUUUGAACAGUAUUUAUUGUAUCCAACACUCCUGUCCCAGUGCACACAUCAGAUUCUGCGUGUUUGUUUCACUUGUGGCAAACAAAUUCAAGUUCUUUUUCUAAAGCCAGAAAAAGGGAGAUGUAUUCAACACUCAAGAUGUCCAAAGGAAAGGGAUAUCCUCUAGCUGCGACCUUCUUUUUGUGUGUUGCAAGUAUCAAUAUUCAGAUUCUGGUAUUUUAGACACACCAGCUUGAACAUCUGUUGUUUUAUUUAUAAAUCUGAGUAGCCUUAAGGAAAGAUGUUUUCAAGUAUUUCUCAUACUUGCAUAUCCUGUAUAUUCAUUGUUUACUUUUGUACUUGUAGCUUGGUAUGUAAUAACAUUGCUAAAAUAUGGGCAAUGUUCAGGUCACCUUCAGUAUAUGAUGUAUUAUCAUAUUUGUGGAUUAAAAAUGUGUGAUUACUGCC